AUGUGUGAUUUUCUUGUGGAAGUUCGAAAGAGAAUCCCAUUAGCGGUAGUUGGCGGAUCGGAUUUAUCGAAAAUUGUUGAACAAUUAGGUGACAGUCUUGACGAUGUGUUAACACGAUUCGAUUACGUGUUCUCUGAGAAUGGUUUAGUCGGUUUCCACGAUCAGAAUGCGUUCCCAGUGAAGUCAAUCAAAGAGAAACUCGGUGAAGAUCGUCUGCAAAAACUGAUUAAUUUCACGUUGAAACGAUUUUCCGAAAUCGAACUUCCGGUGAAACGAGGCAAUUUUAUUGAAUUUCGUAAUGGUAUGUUGAAUGUUUCACCAAUCGGUCGAAGUUGCUCCCAACAAGAACGACUCGAUUUCGUCAAAUUUGAUGCUGACAACCAUAUUCGACAACGAUUCGUCGAGCAAUUGGAAGAAUUUACCAAAGGAUGGGAUUUGAACAUUUGCAUUGGUGGUCAAAUCAGUGUGGAUAUAUUUCCGAAAGGCUGGGAUAAAACGUUUUGCCUGCAAUAUCUGAACGACUUUGAUACGGUCUAUUUCUUCGGCGAUAAAACUGCACCGGGUGGAAAUGAUUACGACAUAUACGUGAGUUCAAGAACGAAAGGAUAUAGUGUCGCGAAUCCAGAAGACACAAGAAAACAAGUUUCGGAACUAUUAAAGACGAUCCAGUGA